CCAUCGGCCGAUAGCAAUCAAGUUAUCAGUGAGAUCACUGAUAACUUGAUCUCAUUGAGAGUGCAAGGAAAUCGUAAUAGGACCACAAGAGGAGGCUCAUCUUCGCACACGAAUGAGAUCCGCGUCAAAUUCGAAUUCAAUGGCGAAAAAAGAAUAUUACAAAUUCCAAGACCGCUCAAAUUCGAUGACAUCCUUCGCAAAGCGAGGACCACCUUUGGGCAACCAGUGGAUAUGUUCUUUACCAAUCAUAAUAAUACAUUCUCGUUACUAAUCCCGAUUCGGGAUCAGACGGAUUUAAAUCAAGCGGUAGAGGUCACGGAUAAUAACCCCAACGCCAAAAGUCUCAGGCUUCAUCUAGAACUUUCCACACCGGGUUCGUCUUCAAAUAACAAUGGCAGCUCCAAACGAGAUCUUUAUGACACUGCAAUCCGAACCUGUGGUAGCACCUCGCAGCCCAAGCACACGUCCCCGGCUCGAUCCCAGUCGGUGCCCCAGGAACACCAUCACAUCCAUACCAGUCACGACACCCACAAACGCUACUCCACACAGGAGAUGCCCACCCGAGACAACGCUAACCCGUCUCCGCCCCCCGGCUACGUGCCGGCGGACGAGUCCAUGGCUAGCAUGAGCAUGCGGCAUCAAUCGUACGGAGAGGGUGCCUUUAUUCCAGAACCACCAGAAGAGCAGAGAAUAAUUGGUAGCCCAGAUGGAAGCCAACAGUCACUAGAUAAACUCAGGAUGGGUAGUCAUUCAUUAGGAAGUGCCACAGGUAAAAUGUUCAAGUCGCAGAGUUGUGCGAACCACGAAGACUUUGAAAAUUCGCAAAUAGGUCGUGGUAUGAUCAAAGGAGGAACCUUUCCUUCGAGGCAAAGCGUCAAGACUUCCAGAAUAGAUACGGAAGAUGGUCGCAAAACAUUUCCGAGCCGAGGCAAGAGGGCGCCGCUGACGGCGAUGCACGAUGACCAGCACUCGAUAUCCGAUUCGAUGUCGUCGCUGGGGAGGAGCAGUAGCAGCGGUAUCAGCCCUGAUUAUGAUACAGACAGUAGCAUUCCAAGGCGGUGGACUGAAGGCGAUCUUGAGGGUCUAGCCGGAGGACAUCCCAAGUCCUUCAAUCUAGUUGAUAAUACAAGAUCACCCAGAGCACCAACUAAUUGGCAGAGAGGGAGGCUGUUGGGACAGGGAGCGUUUGGGGUUGUCUACGUCUGCUACGAUGCGGAUACUGGUAGAGAGUUAGCGGUCAAACAGGUUCCUACCGAAAAUAGCAAUACUGAUGCUAGAAAAGAGGUGCAAUCGCUGAAGCAAGAGAUCGAGUUAUUGCGUAACCUGCAGCACCCUAGGAUAGUGCAAUACUUUGGUUGUCUCGAGGAGAACGGAACGCUGUCCAUCUUCAUGGAGUUCAUGUCGGGGGGAUCUGUAAAAGAUGAGCUUAGGAACUACGGUCCCUUGACUGAGAUGGUUACAAGGAAAUAUACAAGGCAAAUCUUAGAAGGGACGGCUUAUCUUCACGAUCACCACAUAGUACACAGAGAUAUCAAAGGUGCCAAUGUAUUACGAGCGAGCGGUAACGUGAAGCUGGCAGACUUUGGAGCGUCCACGAGGUUACAAACGAUACAUAGUCAUAUUACCGGCAUGAAGACGGUCACCGGUACACCAUAUUGGAUGAGUCCAGAGAUCAUCAACGGAGAGGGGUAUGGAAGGAGAGCAGAUGUGUGGAGUAUCGGCUGUACUGUGGUUGAAAUGUUGACGACCAAACCGCCGUGGGCAGACUACGAAGCCAUGGCGGCCAUCUUUAAAAUCGCAACACAGCCCACUGAUCCCGUACUUCCACAGAGCGUGUCGAACGACGCACGGAACUUUCUCAACCUCUGUUUUAAGAAAACCCUGUCAGAACGGCCCGCGGCCGCUGAACUCUUAGGACACAAUUUUGUAAGGACUGCCCCCAUGGAUUGAUAUAGGUGGGACUGUGGAGAAAUCAAACUGAAAAUAAGACACGCAGCUUUGACUGUAAAAAACUCUGUGUUCUGUGGGUGGAAAAGCAGAGACGAUGUGAACGAGAAUGGAUUCUCUGAUAGGCUCAUGAUAGCAUACGUCAAGCAUGAAUAGCCUUUCAGAUGUCGGAGCAGUUCUAUGGUACUAAUCAAUUGCAAACAAGAAAGGGAAAAAAUGGCUGCAACAUACAGGACAAGGUGUCAGCUUGCAGUAAAGCCUCAACCUUCGUUUUUUUAUAAACGGUGUUUAGCAACUCAUCAAUGACGAUCCUAGCUUUUCUCAUCAUUCUCACUAUUCUCAGCUCAAUGUUUGAUGAUGGUCGUAAUGUCAUGUUAAUUUCAGCAUUUUCAGCCUCACAAACAGUAGGAAUGGAAUCAAUAGUGUCAUCUUGGCUCUUCUUUCAUUUGUAUACAAAUUACUAUCCUUUUUUUUUUCUUGUGGGUAGAUUUUUGUUACUAACAAAGCUUUUUUUUUUAGGAAUCUAAAUCUAAAUCUCAUGUUUUUUAUCAGUGAUCACCUGUUGGAAAUACUUUUCCAGUGCUAGGCUUUAUGGCUUUAUGCAUGGAGUUAAAAUAAGUUAAGAAACUUCAUAAAGUAAUUCCUUCUCUACUAUAUGUGCUGUCCAAUAUUUCUGAAAAA